AUGGCCGACCACAAGGACCCGCAACGCUUCACUUUCUAUGGGUGGGCAGUGUGUCUUUGGGUCAUUGUUGUGUCGUUUCAGUAUGGAUACCACAUCUCCGCGCUCAACCAGAUUGAACGAGUCCUGACAUGCAAGAAGACCGACGACUACUCUCGGCACUAUGGGCUACCGACGUGCAUACCCAUGACGGACGCCACCUUCUCCGUCGUAACCUCCGUCUUUACAGUGGGAGGGUUAUUGGGGAGCAUGGGAGCAAACCUAGUUAUGGACAAGAGAGGUAGGAAGGACGCGAUUCGUGCGAGCUCGCUCAUGACGGCUGCGGGGACGGGCAUAAUGAGCGUGUCAGCUUCUGUGUUUCCGUUAGCCUUUGGGAGAAUGUUAGUGGGAGUUGGCGCUGGGAUAGGAAUCUGCGUUGGCCCCGUCUUCUUGGGGGAGAUCAGUCCCGCCAAGAUAAAGGGCAACGUCGGUGUUCUCACUCAGCUGGCCAUUGUGUUCGGCAUCCUCUUCACCCAGUCAAUAGGACUUAAACUUGCCACACCCCGAGAAUGGCGCAUGGUGCUGCUGCUCUCGUGCGCUUUAUCUAUCAUACACUUGCUUUCCAGCCCUGUUAUAGCCGAGUCGCCUGUAUGGUUGGUACGGUCCGGUAAAGCCCCUGAAGUGAAGAAUGUAUCACGGAAACUUUGGGGUAAUGCAGGUAGAGGGUCCGAUGGAGACGUUGAGGAUCCUCUUCUUCCAGACGAAGGCUCUCGCCGUAGUCGGUCACCUGAGGACAGGCACGAAGCUGCCGUCACCGUUCCUCGCCUUUUAGUUGUACCCGAGCUGCGUAAGCCGCUGUCCAUAGUCUGUCUAGGGAUGUUCUGCCAGCAGAUAUCUGGUGUGAAUGCCGUAUUGUACUACAGUAACAACAUCCUCUCCAGAUCUCUGCCUGAUCUCGGGCCCUAUGUCUCCCUUGGUAUCACCGUCGUUAAUGCCAUCAUGACAUUCCCGCCCAUCUUUCUCAUCGAGAACAUGGGCAGGAAGAAGCUCCUGACCAUCUCCGCAGGCGGCUCCAUUGCGUCUCUAGUCCUAGUUGGGAUGGGGCUUGACAAUGGGAUCGUGGCUCUCUCUAGCGUCGCGAUCAUGACAUUUAUCAUGUCAUUCGCUAUAGGAAUGGGGCCAAUACCAUUUGUGAUUAUCUCAGACGUUUCCCCGCCUCAUGCUGUAUCGGCGCUGUCCUCCGUUGCAUUAUCCCUUAACUGGAUUGCGAACUUCAUCGUCGGUCUGGUAUUCCUCCCAUUGCGCGAUUUCCUUGCGCGUGGAGAUCCAUCUCAGCAGGGCCGCGUCUUCUACGUAUUUGCAGUGGUAUUUCUGGUGUUCUUCUUGGCAUUCAUGAGGGCGUAUCGAGUUUAA